UACUAACCCUCGCCAUCUCUCCGCGCGGCAACUGUUCUCUCUCUCUCUCUCUCUUUCUGGCACGCACACAACCACGCGACCAAACGCACGCAUAGCAGAACCUUUUGGUCAUGGCGGACGCCCCUCAGACGCUGAUCGAUGGGAGCACUCUGGCGGCCCUCUCCUUGGCCCGCGCCGGCGUGCAGCACAUGUUCGGGGUGGUGGGGAUCCCCGUCACCGCCGUCGCCACCCGAGCCGUCGCAGCCGGCGUCCGCUUCCUCGCGUUCCAUAACGAGCAAUCGGCCGGGUACGCGGCAACCGCCUAUGGAUAUCUGACCGGCCGCCCCGGCGUCUUUCUCACCGUCUCUGGCCCCGGAUGCGUCCACGGCCUCGCCGGGCUCUCCAACGCCGCCGUCAACGCCUGGCCCGCCGUGAUGAUCUCUGGAUCCUGCGAUCAGGCUGACGCUGGCAAGGGCGACUUCCAGGAGUUGGAUCAGAUUGAGGCCGUCAAGCCUUUCGUCAAGUUCUCCGCUAAGGCCACUCACAUAGCGCAGAUCCCUCGCCUGGUGUACCAGGUGCUGAGCCAGGCCGUCGCCGGGCGGCCGGGAGGGUGCUACUUGGAUCUCCCAUCCGACGUCCUCCACCAGACGAUCUCUGAUUCCGAGGCCGACAAGAUCUUGUCUGAGGUGGAAAACCCUAGGAUCGAGGAAAUUAGGGACAAAGAAGUUGUAGAUAUUGAAAAGGCCGUGGCUUUGCUGAGGAGCGCGGAGAGGCCGUUAAUAGUGUUUGGGAAAGGCGCCGCGUUUGCACGGGCAGAGGAGCCACUGAAGAAGCUGAUCGAAACCACGGGGAUUCCCUUCCUUCCGACUCCGAUGGGUAAGGGUUUGGUGCCGGACACUCAUGAGCUUGCAGCCACCGCUGCACGAUCUCUGGCUAUCGGCCAAUGCGAUGUGGCGCUCAUCGUCGGUGCACGGCUCAACUGGCUGCUCCACUUUGGCGAGCCACCAAGAUGGUCGAAAGAUGUGAAAUUCAUUCUUGUUGAUAUCUCCACGGAAGAAAUCGAGCUCCGAAAGCCUCACCUUGGUUUAGUUGGUGAUGCUAAGAGGGUUCUGGAAUUGAUUAAUAAAGAGAUCAAGGAUCAGCCUUUCUGUUUAGGGAGAUCACAUCCCUGGGUGGAGGCCAUUUCAAAGAAGGUAAAGGACAAUGUGGCGAAGAUGGAAGUUCAAUUGUCUAAGGUCGUGGUGCCCUUCAAUUUCUUCACACCAAUGAGGAUCAUAAGGGAUGCUAUCCUUUCGGUGGGCAGCCCCGCUCCGAUAUUAGUGUCUGAGGGUGCAAACACAAUGGAUGUGGGGAGAGCAGUGUUGGUUCAGAAUGAGCCCCGGACGAGGUUGGAUGCUGGGACCUGGGGGACAAUGGGAGUAGGUUUAGGCUACUGCAUUGCAGCUGCGGUGGCCUCACCUGAAAGACUGGUGGUUGCUGUUGAAGGGGAUUCAGGUUUCGGAUUCAGUGCCAUGGAAGUUGAGACACUUGUGAGAUAUCAGUUACCAGUUGUCGUGAUUGUUUUCAACAAUGGUGGCGUAUAUGGAGGCGAUAGAAGAUCCCCUAAUGAAAUUACUGGACCACACAAAGAUGACCCCGCUCCUACUUCCUUCGUUCCUGGUUCAGCUUACCAUACUCUAAUCGAAGCUUUUGGUGGGAAAGGGUAUCUAGUUGGAACUCCCGAAGAACUCAAGUCUGCACUCUCUGAAUCUUUCUCUGCUCGGAAACCAGCUGUUAUCAAUGUUAUAAUAGAUCCAUAUGCAGGUGCAGAAAGUGGCCGAAUGCAACACAAAAAUUAAGGUACCUUUUACUAUUAUUGCAGCAGUAAACUCUUCUCAUGUCAGCCAAACUAGUCAUCCGUUGCCUUCAACGACCAUAUAACGUUGAAUUGCCUUAUAUCUAGAUAUGUUUUUGAUAGUUCCUUAACUGAUGAGAGAGAGAUUAUGGUAUCUGUAUAAUCUGUGAUCAAUAAAGAUGUGUCUGUAGCAUCUUCAGCUCUUCUAUUUAAGUUUAAGUUAUAUUGUUCAAGGGUUA